AUGACAUCUACUCAAAUCCCCGUUGUCAUCACCUAUCACAAGCCCGGCACUCAGCCGCCGAUAUACGUGGCAGGCACAUUCUCCAAUCCGCCAUGGCAGCCCUACGAGAUGGAGCGCACAAGGCGGGAUGACGGGAACUACGACUUCACAAAGGAGAUCCGCGCGGAGCCAGGCUCCAAAAUCCAGUACAAAUUUCGCGUUGGUAAUGGAGACUGGUGGGUGCUGAAAGACGACGCGCCGACUGUGACGGAUAGCGCCGGGAACACGAACCAUGUGUUGGAAGUGAAGCCUCAUGGAGAGCCAUCUCAUGAGUAUUCUGCGGAAUUUCGGGAUUCACAGCAAAGGAAGGAUGUUGGCAGCGAUGCACCCUUGUCGUAUGCCAAAAUUGCCGCCAAGCAUGUCCAGCCCUCUGCCGAAGAGGCUGCUGUCGACCGUUCGACCACCGGCACUCCUAUCUUUGCCAGGGUCGCUGCAGAGGUGGCAGAUUCUGCCGAGCUUCUUCAUGAGGAGGUACCGGAACGCAGAGACCCCGAGGCCGGCGCAAGCGGUGAUAGCGGGGAGAAAGCAGGCGACUCAAGGGCGGCAGAGGCCGUACCCGCUCCUAAGGCGCCCGAAAGCUUGGAGAGCACGGUUGUCAUAUUGGAACCCCCGCCGGGUGAGGGCCGCCCCUUGAAGGAGGAACCUCGAGGUAGGGAAGCUGGCGAUGAGCAGGAGGACUUCAUUGCCGAUAAGUCGCCUCUUUUCGCCCACGAAUGUGUCGGCAUGUACGAGUCGGACGAAGAGACGGGCCAGGAGGAUACUGCUGAGGAGGAUGUGGCUGAGGAUGAUGAGCGUUUUUAUCGCUCGCUCGUCGAGGACAUUGACCCCGAUCAGAUUGAUCUGAAUGAUCCGACCUUGGAGCGCUUCCCGUCGGCCCGCGACGACAUCAUGCAGGCCGUACGAAAGCUCGAAACAGGCCUCCCUGCCGACCAGGCAUCUUUCGAGGGCAACCCCCGUUCUCCUGUGGUUAACCCGGCACGGCGGGGAACCGAAGACAUUACGGGCGAUUUCCACUUGAGUGCCCCUCAAACGCCUGCCUCCUCGCGUCGUUCCUCAAAGAGGUCGCCACGGGGCUCCGUCAGCUCGAUUCACGCAACAGCCUCGCUUCACUCCAUUUCGGAAGCCGAAGAGCAGGCCGCCGAGCAGGAGGCGGCCAACUUCCGCCCCGCGGUGGUGUUCAGCAAUCCCCUGAAGCCGAAGCCCAAAACGCUGAAACUCCCAACCAGUGAGGAAGACGAGGGGGUUGUCUUGCGGGAUGGUCUGAGCCCUAGGACUGUCAAGCCAAUGCAUCGCCCGAUCCCAAUGGCCGAGCCCUCCCCUCCACAGUCUCCACCAUCGACGAGGGACUCAUCUAGAAGCCUGGCCCCCGCGGAGGUUGAACUUGACAAGGACAAAGAGCGCUCCAUGCAGGAAGUCUUCAUCCGCCCGGCUCCACAAGCCGAGAACCCGGGUCCCGCGCAGGCGGACCCGCCCGACACAACAACCAAGAAGGCAGACCGUCCUGGAGAACCUAGCUACGCUCAGGCUGCCGCGGCAGACACUGCCGCUUCCGAACCGCCCAGCCAGAGCAAGGCCGUUACUUCACAGUCCCACAAUGCCGAGAGUCCUACGUCGAGCAAGGACACGGCAUCCCACGAUCCCAGGGCUAGGCGCCCUAGCUACGCCGAAGUCGCAGCGUCGAAACCUUCCCCAACCGAACCGCCCAGCGCCGCGAGCCCAAGCGAGAUCAAGAACAAAGGACAGCAGCAGGAGGCCACAAAGCAGAAGCCCAGACGCCUCAGCUACGCCGAAGUUGUAGCCUUGCCGCCGCAGCCGGCAGCACCGCCCAGCGAUAGCGAUAAAAAGGCAGCGCAGGCGCCCUCCCAUCCUUCAACGACGAGCGUGGCUACAGCCGAGUCAUCGACGUCGACUGCCGCCCGUGCCUCGGUGUCAAAAGACGACUGGGACAAGAACAAGGUUCAAGAGCUUCUCCGGAAGCGGGUCAUGCCCGGAGGGAAGCAGCGGGAAGGGGAGAUGGCUAAGUCGCCUGACUCGGCAGCGGCGGCUACUGCUGGUGGUGGUGGUGGUGGUGGUGGUGGUGAUAAUAUGCAGGCGGUGCAGCCCAAGAGGCGCCGGGGGUGGCUCAGGGCCAUCUUGAGGUUUGUGUUCGUCGAGGUGAUUGGAAGGAUCAUCAAGAGUGUUCUGAGAGUGUUUGGGAUUGGCGGGAGGAGGGGUGCUGCGAGGCGUGAGGGCGUGAGGACGUGA